AUGCCACCAAAAAGGCUAUGGUCUCAGACAAAUGAUGGACAGUCUUCUCCACAAUCGAGACCAUCCGACUCGUCGCUUGACAUCCAUGCACCAUCCAUCUCUCGCAAGGUAAAGGCGUGCGCUGCUUGUCGAAAACAAAAGAUCAAGUGCAUAAUUGGCGACCGUGGACCGCCAUGCAAACGGUGCACGGAGCGGAAUCUAGCAUGUGUGCUAAACAAAAGCCUGCAGACACUGAUUGAGGAGCGCGGUCAAUGGAGACAUACGCUGGCUGCAGAUCUUGAGCACGUACAUGUUGCAUUGCAGCAAGUUCUAUCUCGAUUGUCUCUUCCUCCUCUCCCUCCUCUUCAAUCGGAAGUCACUGCUCAGCAGGAUGAAUCAUCCCAGAACAUGACUGAACGUGACGACCCCGGGCCCUCAUGUGAUAACUCACCUCGGCUAUCCCCAGGAGACGAUGCACUUCACGUUCCCAUAGAAUCACUAUACCAAAUCACUCGGCUGAGGGCUCUACGUUCUGAUGAUAUACCUGACGCAUCGGUCCCGUCCCCCGCACACCCCCCGAACCAGCCCAUCAACGACUUUAUCUCAAAGGGCAUCGUAAGCGCUGAGGAUGCCGACCGUCUUGUAAAGGUUUAUCUCCAACGUAUUGACAAGUUCAUAUAUCUGCUCGGCGGUGGGAAUUAUCAGGGUCUUGAACGCAUGCGACGCGGCUCUCCUAUCUUGACUGCCGCCAUAUGCACUGUUGCCGCGCUUCAUGACCCUGCCGAUAAUCACCUGUAUGGGCCUUGCAAUAGGGAGUUCCGUCGUCUCGUGGCGGCAUCCAUGUUCGAGCGCCGCAUCAAUCGAGACUGUAUGCGUGCCAUGUGUGUUGGCGCGUACUGGCUGCACGACAUCUCUUGGACCCUUUCUGGAUGUGCUAUCCGCAGAGCCACAGAGAUUAACUUAAAUCGAAACUACCAGCUGGUUAUUGACAAGAACGACGAAGACGCCAUGGACUGUAUGCGGAUAUGGUAUAUACUGUACAUCUGUGAUCACCAUCUGUCUGUGCUGUAUGGCCGCCAGAGCAUUAUUCAUGAAGAUGCAUCGAUCCUGGAAUGGGAAGAGCUCUUAAAGUCACCUGUGGUCACUGAUUCUGAUAGACGCAUGAUUAGCCAGAUUGCUUUGUUGAUCAUUAUGAGCAAUAUCCGAGACCUCUUCGGACCUGAUACCGGGGAACCAGUUCCUAAGGCGUUUGUGUCGCAGUUGGCGAGUUUCGGUAAGCGCAUCGAUCAGUGGAUGGGGUUUUGGACGACAGAGUUGAUGAAACUUCAUGAGCGCAUUGGGGAAUUUCCUGCCAAAGGGGUUAUAUUGCACCAUCAUUUCGCAAAGCUUUAUCUACAUUCUCAUGUAUUUCGCGGUCUCAAAGGCGCUGCUGUCCCAACACACUUUCGAGAAAGUGCAAUGGCUGCCGUGUCCGCGUCCACAGCUAUCAUUGAGCUCAUACUUGGCGAUCCAGACGUAAGGGAAAGUCUUGUUGGAAUUCCCCAUUACAUACACUCCAUGAUUGCUUUUGCUUGUGUACUCUUACUCAAGGUAGCCGCACAGCAUUCGGGUCAAUACAUUGACGACGGCUUUGUUCUCGACUUGAUUGGCAGAGUAGUCCAGCAGCUCCGGUCGACAUCUACCGGCAAAUACCACUUAGUCCACUUGAUGGCUGAUGGCCUUGAAAGGAUGGCAGCAUCCAAGAUUCAAAGUCCUUCCGUAUUGCAAAUGCACAACCCCUCUGCCAACGGUGACUCGCGGGUUGGGCUAUCACAUGGUAUUGGCAAUACGGUGACACCACUCAAUACUAACGAUACGGCUAGCAUGUAUGCAAAUAAUAUUACCGGCACCGGCUUUGAAGCAGAGUUUAGUUUGGGAACUUCACAAUUUCUCUUGUCCGACUUUGGAAACUUCGACUUCAAUUUCGGUGGGAUGGGAUAG